CUGUUGUUAACUUCACUUGCUAUAAAUAAACUAGACAUUACUUGCCAUUCGCAUUUGCGAUUUCCAGUGAAAAGUUAUUAUUUUUACUUUUAAAAUCAUUACAUUUCUGUUCCAGCGAAGGGAUCAGAUCCAGAAAAGUUCCACUUAGAGAAAAUUGAAAGCUCACUUUCUGCGACUCUGAUCUUUCUCAUUCAUUCUUCUAAUUCUUACUUCAGAGGAAAAACACACGCUUUUUCUUAUGCACUUGUUGCUUCUUGUAACCGUUGUUUCCACCCCAGAAGAAGGAUUAAGAUACGCUUUUUGUUGAUUACAAACUCAAUUUGCCACGUAUUUGGAAAAGAAGCAAUAAAGCAAAGUUUGAGGGUGAGGAAUAUUAGGUAUGUUUAGGUUAUCUCCAAGGAGGAAUCAGAGAUCCAAAGGCUUCAAGGUGAAGCAUGCUCUACAAAUAAUUGUUCUUGUUGGUGUUUGUAUUUGGUUGGUUUAUCAAAUCGGACACUCUCGGCAAAAGAAAGCAUCCUAUGCAGAAACCACCAAAACGGGCAAUGAGGUUGUUAAGUUAGGGAGGAAGGAUCUCAAUACUCAAACGGAGGAAACUGCUGUUAUCGAUGCAAGACACAAGGAGGAUGAGGAAGAAGAUGAACAAGAUAGCAAGAAUGAAGAGCAAACUAAACUGGACGAUGUUAAUGGUGUGGAUGAGAGUUCUGAGCAAAGACAGGAUUCAGUAGACCAAGAGAGUGAUGAGAGUUCUGAAAAUGUAAAGACUGACUUGGAAACUGAACAGCAUGUGGAAAAAGUUGACGAAGAGAAUGAUAAUAUAGACAAGGAGAGUGAAGGUGGAGUGCAAGAGAAUGAGGAAAACAAAAUUGAGGAGCAUAAAGAAAUUGUAGAAACUAGUGAGGAAAAGAGUGAGGUAGAGAAUGAAGAGAACAAAGAGGAAGAGAAGAGUGAGGUAGAGAAUGAAGAGAACAAAGAGGAAGAGAAGAGUGAGGUAGAGAAUGAAGAGAGCAAAGAGGAAGAGAAGACUCAGGUAGAGAAUGAAGAGAACAAAGAGGAAGAAAAGAGUCAGGUAGAGAAUGAAGAGAACAAAGAUGAAGAAAAGAGUCAGGUAGAGAAUGAAGAGAACAAAGAUGAAGAAAAGAGUCAGGUAGAGAAUGAAGAGAACAAAGAUGAAGAAAAGAGUCAGGUAGAGAAUGAAGAGAACAAGGAUGAAGAAAAGAGUCAGGUAGAGAAUGAAAAGAACAAAAAUGAAGGGGAGGACAGAGAAACUGGAGAAAUUAAAGUGAAGAAGAGUCUGCAAGAGAAUAAAGAGAACAAAAAUGAAGGGGAGGACAAAGAAACUGGAGAAAUUAAAGAGGAAAAGAGUCAGCAAGAGAAUGAAGAGAGUAGUGAAACAGACACUAAAGAUAAGGAGAAUGAAGAAAACAGCGGAACCAAAGCGAAGGAUCAAGUGGAGGAAAAUCAUGGGCAAGAUAGUAAAGAAGGGACGGAUGAGAAAAAUGGAACAGAAGGGGAGAAAGAAGAGCAUGAUAAGAUUCAGGAAGAGACUUCAUCUGGAAAUCAGGUUCAGGAUGGGGAAAGAAAAAACGAAGCUCGGGAGGAAAAUUAUGCCGGAGAUAAUGCCUCCAGUGCUGUAGUAGAUAAUAAAUCGCAAGACAUCUCGCAAGAAACUGAUAACAAGCCAGAAGAACAAUCUGACAAAAAGGAAAAGAAUGAGUUUGAGGCGGAGUCUCAGAAAAGCAGUGGUGAAACUACUGAAGCCAAUGAUUCUACUGCUACAGAAAACAGCCACGGAAAUGAGAGUGAAAAUCAGGUACAAACAGAAAAUGAUUCUCAAAAGAGUUCUGCAUCAGAAUCAGAUGGACAGCAGCAAGAGAACGAGCAGAGUAACACCAUCAAGGAUAAUGUACAAACUUCGGAUUCAUCAUCACAGAAUGGGAAUGAUGCAACUGAAAAACAGAAUCAAACAUCAGAAGAUGCAAACUCCAAGGAAGAGGACUCUAGUGUGGAAAAUACAAUGCAAAAAACCGAAGAUUCUAAAUCAGAUACAGCUGGCGAUCAGACCGAUUCCACUUCCAAAUCUUCCUCAGAAACCCAAGAAAGCAAUCCAAAUAAAGGUGAAUACAAGGACACCACUAAUGAAAACUCGGACAAGAAUUCUGGCCAAGAACAAACACAAGAAAGUGGUUCGUCGUCCAAUACGUUUGACAGCAAAGAUUCUACUAGCAAUGAGGAUCAAAUCACUACUUCUGAUACUUCAUCAGAAAAAAAGAAAGAUGAAUCGGCGAGUGCAGAAAGUAACACCGAAUCUUCACAGAAUGAUGAUGCGAACUCAGUUCAAAGCAACACAAACAGUGAUGAAAGUGCUAGUGACAGCAAAGAUGCUAGCCAGGUAAAUCCAUCUGAAAAAAGUGGAGAGGAAAACCCAAACUCAGAAAACAACAGUGAUGGUAACCAAAAUGUCUCAAACCACAAUGAAAAUACCAAUGACAAUGGAAAUGGAAAUGCUGCUCAAAACGAGAGUGAAAAUCAGAACGAGAACACUGUUCAAAGCAAUACUAGUGAAAAUGAAGGUGAUGCUCAAAAUGAAUCAGGAGACUCAAAAAAGGAGAAUGAGGAAUCAGUUAACAGUGAUGGAGAUAGCAAUUCUAACUCGAACGAUCAAGGAAGUUCUGAUUCUUCAGUUACUCAGGACGACAAAGAAUCUCGUGUGGAUUUGGGAACUUUGCCCGAAAGCAAUGGAGAGAGCAAUCAUAAUGAUGUUUCUUCUGCAGAAUGAUAAUUAAAAUGAAUCAAUUGUAUUCUGUUGUUGCUUCUGAUCCUACUUUUUUUUCUUUUUCUUUAUUUACUUAUUUUUUAUUGAGCCAUGCAUUGUUAUUUACUUGGCAAAUAUGCUUAUAAAGUUUUUGUUUUCACAGGUUCCCUAAGAACAAUUUAGAAAUAUCUAGAGUUGUAAUAGUAUAAAAUCAUUUUAUGUUUCAUAUGUAACCCGUCCCGUACCCUUUCCUGGAGGAAUAAUUAUCACUUUAAAUUGUUCAUCAAAGUAAAGUUCUCUUUAGUAGAGUUUGUA